AAUGACUACAACGUCAUUAUUCUUGGUUUCUGGCUAGAUCAGGGUCUUUAUGACAGUGGCUACAGUUGGGCACAGCUUGACUCUGCUACACGCCAGUCUUAUCUGGAUGCAAUUCACGCAGCAGGAAAGAAAAUUUUGAUCAGUGCCUAUGGUGCAGCUGAAUGGCCAACCACCGGAGGUGUUGACCCAACAACCUCUGCCAAGAACCUCGCUGCUAUUGUCAAACAGUAUGAUCUCGAUGGCGCUGACAUUGACUGGGAAGACAACAGCGCUAUGGAUGCAGGAACUGGCGAACAGUGGCUAAUUACUUUUCAAAACGCUUUGCGUGCUGAACUUCCUUCUGGAGAUUAUCUUAUUUCUCAUGCCCCCCAGGCUCCUUACUUCAUUAUCAACACUGCUCAGUACCCCAACGGUGCUUAUCAAGCUGUACACAAGGAGGUUGGCAGUAGCAUCGAUUGGUAUAAUACUCAAUUCUAUAACCAAGGAAGUAGUGGCUAUGAUACGUGUACGACCUUGCUAACGCAAUCCGGUGGAGCUUUCCCUGGUACUUCACUGUUUGAAAUUAUCGACAGUGGUAUCGAUUCUGACAAGCUAUUGAUUGGUAAACCGGCCACUCCAGCAGGAGCAACGAACACUGGUUACAUGGACCCUAGUGCUCUAGCGACCUGCCUUAGCCAAGCCAAAGCUCAAGGAUGGGAUGCUGGUGUUAUGCUAUGGCAGUAU